AUGUUAGUGGAAUCAAAGGAAUGUUUAUGGAAAAUCUCUGAUAAGGAUUAUAGUAACAGGGAUAAGAAAACGAACGCCUGGCAGGAAAUUUGUAAAGAAAUGUUUCCAGACUGGGAGGAACUAGAUCAAGACGAGAAGCGUGAAAAAGGCAUUUCAAUGGGUUGUAAAAUUUUCCACAACGCAGUGCACGUGUCUCUAACUCUCUUCGCUACUGUACUUCUUCCCAUGACGAAUUCGUGCUGCAGAGCAGCAAAAUGCGUUUCCGUCGCCAAAUAUCUGGAACAGAAUAGAAUUUUUUUAACAUAUAUGAAUUUGCAGGGGCAGAAGUCCAAAAAAAAAUGGAAAAACCUAAAAGAUAGGUUCCAGAAGGAGGUGCGAAUGGAAAAAGCUGUAAGAAGCGGGUCUGCUGCUUCCAAAAAGAAGAAGUAUGUUUACUAUGACAUCAUGCAAUUCUUAUUACGUCAGCUUGAAAGUCGCAGCACUGAGUCAAAUAUUGAGCCACCUAAUCCACCAGAGUAA